GCGUUGCCCCUGGUUACGGGCACGUGCGGCCGGAAGCGCCGAUCACGUGGCUUAGCGGGAAGAUGGCGGCGCCCACGGCGGCGGGGCCCGGCUCGGCUCCGUUGUUACGGGUGGUGGCGGAGUGCGGCCGGAGCCGGGCCCGGGCCUCGGAGCUGCGGCUGCCGCACGGCCCCGUGCCCUGCCCCGCCUUCAUGCCCGUGGGCACCCGCGGCACCGCCAAGGGGAUCACGGCCGCGCAGCUCGCGGCGCUCGGCUGCCGCCUCUGCCUCGGCAACGCCUAUCACCUGGGCACGCGGCCGGGCCCGGAGCUGGUGCAGCGCGCAGGCGGCCUCCACGGCUUCAUGGACUGGCCCCACAACCUCCUAACGGACAGUGGUGGCUUCCAAAUGGUUUCCCUGUCGGAGCUGUCGGAGGUGACAGAGGAGGGGGUCCUGUUCCAUUCCCCCUAUGGGGAGGGACAGAUCCUGCUCACCCCGGAGAAGUCCAUUGAGAUCCAGAACGCUCUGGGCGCCGAUAUCGUGAUGCAGUUGGACGAUGUCGUGAGCAGCACCACGACGGGGCCACGUGUUGAGGAGGCCAUGAAGAGGUCCGUGCGUUGGCUCGACCGCUGCAUCGCCGCCAACUGCAACCCCCAGCGCCAAAACCUCUUCGCCAUCAUCCAGGGGGGGCUGGACCCAGAGCUGCGGGAGCAGUGCCUCGAAGCGAUGAUGCUCCGGGACGUGCCGGGCUUCGCCAUCGGGGGCCUGAGCGGGGGGGAGGACAAGGGCAGCUUCUGGCGCAUGGUGAAGCUCAGCACCGAGCGCCUGCCCCGGGACAAGCCCCGCUACCUCAUGGGCGUCGGCUACGCCACUGACCUGGUGGUGUGCGUUGCAUUGGGCUGUGACAUGUUCGACUGCGUCUUCCCCACGCGUACAGCGCGGUUCGGGUCCGCCUUGGUGCCGGGGGGGUCGCUGCAGCUCAAGAACCGGGGAUACGCCAGGGACUUCCGACCCAUAGAGGAGGGGUGCGGGUGCCCCACGUGCCAGCGUUACAGCCGUGCCUAUCUCCACGCCCUGCUCCGCACGGAGCCCGCGGCGCUGCAUCACCUGACCGUGCACAACAUAGCCUAUCAGCUCUCCCUGAUGGCCUCCAUCCGCCAGAGCAUCCUGGAGCAGCGCUUCCCGCAGUUCGUGCGGGGCUUCCUGAGCUCCCACUAUGGGGCGCAGGUCCCGCCGUGGGUCCGGGAGGCGCUGGAGGCUGCUGGGAUCCCCUUGGAAUAACGGGGACA